AUUGCAGCAGCAUUAUUUCUUCUUCUUUUCUAUUAUUCAUGUUAUGUCCUUUAAUAAUAAAGAAGAAGAAGAAGAAGACGAACGACGACAACAAGAGAUGGUGAUGAAUAUUGCACAGUUUCCUAUUCAAGCAUUAAUAAGAAUAGUUGCUAGUUUAGUUGAGUCGAUGAUAGAAGCUAAUCAAGAUAUAAAAGAUACCCAAAUCACCUAUUUUCAUUCAAGAACGAUACCCACUAUUUCAAUUUUAUCCUAUCUUGAUCGAAUCUACAAAUUUACACCUUUCACAAAUGAAGUGUUAUUAUCUACACUUAUUUAUUUUGACCGUAUAUCCAAUGGGAUUACGAUUAACUCAUAUAAUAUACAUCGAUUACUUGUUACAAGUAUUACUGUUGCUUCUAAAUGUACUUCGGAUAUUUACUAUACAAAUAGUAGAUAUGCUAAAGUAGGGGGACUGUCUCUUUAUGAGUUAAAUCAAUUAGAAUUAGAAUUGCUCUUUUUAAUUGAUUUUCAAUUACAUAUCAACCUGGAAACUCUUCAACUCUAUGCAAAUCAAUUAUUAUCACAUGCAACUAGUGUGAUGUCUAUUGAUCCUAUUGUUAAUCAUUCUAAACAUAACAUUCUAUAUCAACAUGCAACGAAUACGCUUAUAUCCUCGGCCAAUCACAAUCAUGUUGAUUUACCAUUAACGCCUCCUUAUCAUCCAUCUAUUACAGAAAAGGGUAAAACAACAACAACAUCAUCAUUACUUUUCUGUAAUAAUAAACAUUUGAUGGUAAAGAAGAAGAACAAGAAUCAAGUCUAUUCAAUUCAUCAAAGGACUACGACUACUGCAAAGAAGAAAAGGCAAUUAUUGCUAUUACAACAAUCAGGCUUAAUUUCUCCUAAAGAACUGUAACUGUAACUGUAACUGUAACUGUAACUGUAACUGUAA